GCCACUUGCUGUCGCCGCUGCUGUCAUUUUCAUAGUUUCUUAGUUUCUUAAAGUUAUUUAACUUUAUUGGGCCGCGAUGUUUUCCACGCUGUGUCGUUGUUUCUAUAUUCUAAUUUUUUAAGUGUGACAGCGCGGAUUCUUUGUCGAAAAAUUGAAGUGAUAUGUGUUAAAUUUUUGGCGGUGAUUUAUUUCUUAGAGUUUUACGAAACCUUGUUUAUAAAAGUUUGGUCAAUCAAAGUUUACACGGGAGUGGUUGUGCGUGUGUGCGUGUUGUCAUGUCUCAGAAAACCUUUUCAAUCAUCACUUGAACUGGAUCAAAGGUUCUUGGUCGGAGCCGGAUAAGUGUCUGCGAAAAUGGAGCCAAGUUACGUAGACGAACGAGAAGACGUACAAAAAAAGACAUUUACGAAAUGGAUAAACUCUCAGCUAGUGAAGAACGACAAGCCGCUGGUGGAGGACUUGUUCCUGGACCUGCGGGACGGGGAGGUGCUGCUGUCUCUGCUCGAGAUCCUCACGGCCCAGCAGUAUAGACGCGAGCGGGGGCGCAUGCGCGUGCACCACAUCAACAACGUCAACACGGCGCUGCACGUGCUGGACUCCAACGGAGUCAAGCUCGUCAACAUCAGCAGCAACGACAUCGUCGACGCCAACCCUAAGCUGACGCUCGGGCUAGUGUGGAGCAUCAUCCUGCACUGGCAGGUGCACUACCACCUCAAGGAGCUGAUGUCGGAGCUGCAGCAGACCAACCUGGAGAAGACUCUGCUGGCCUGGUGUCGCACACACACACAGAACUACGCGGGCGUGAAUGUAAAGAACUUCACGACGUCGUGGUCGGACGGGCUGGCUUUCAACGCGCUGCUGCACCGCUGGCGGCCGCAGCUGUUCGACUACGCCAGCGUGGUGGCGCGGCCGGCGGGCGCGCGCCUGGACCACGCCUUCCAGCUGGCGCACGACCACCUCGGCAUCGACCGCCUGCUCGACCCUGAAGAUGUGAACACUCCGAACCCCGACAAGAAGUCGAUCAUGAUGUACGUGAUGUGCCUGUUCCAAUCGCUGCCGCACUCCAGCGAGGACGUGGCCGACCUGGACAGCAUCCACUCCGAGCCGGGCACGCCCGUCGCCACGCAACCUCCCGAGGUGGCGGGCAGCCGGCCGCUGUCCACGGCCACGACGGGGUCCGGCGAGCUCGGCGGGUACUACGGCGCCUUCGAGGACGUGCUGGGCUGGCUGCUGGAGGCCGAGGAGCGCCUGGCCGCCGCGCCCGCGCCCGCCGGCGACGAGCUGGCGCCGCUCAAGGCGCACUUCCACGCGCACGAGCGCUUCCUGCUGGAGCUGGCGGCGCAGCAGGCGCGCGUGGGCGGCGUGCUGGACGAGGGCGCGCGCCUGCUGCGCGAGGCGGGGCUGGCGCACGACGAGGCGGCCGAGGUGCGGCUGCAGCUGCGCCUGCUGGGCCAGCGCUGGGAGGCGCUGCGCCGCGCCGCGCUGGCCACGCAGGCGGCGGGCCACGCGGCGCUCAUGCGCGCGCAGCUGGCGCAGCUGGCCGCCUUCCGGCGCUGGCUGACGCGCACGGAGGACCGCAUGUCGCGCCUGCCGCGCGGCCUGCGCGCGCAGCUGGCGGCCGUGCGCGCGCUGCACGCCGACCUGCGCGCGCACCAGCCCACGGUGGACGCGCUGGCCGACUGCGUCAUCGUCGUGGACGACGACGCGCAAGACCCGCGCGCGCAGGCCGCGCACGACGCGCUGGCCGCGCUGCUGCAGGAGCUGGCGGCGCGCGACGCUGACAUCGCGGCCCGCGCCGCCGCGCCCGACGACUUCAAGGCGUUGCACGACAAGAUCCUGGCCAUGGAGUCGCAGAUCAUCGCGGAGCACGCCGUCAUCUCGACGCGCGAGGCCAUGGCCGACAAGCUGCAGCAGCUGCGCGGGCUGGCGCGCGAGUUCGACGACCUGCAGGCCACGUACGACCGCGUGGUCGCCGAGCGGAAGGACGACUACGAGAAAGGAAGCGUGCAGGAGCUCAACUUCAAAAGUAGCCUCGAAAACUUGGUCACCAAGUUCGAGGACACGAAAAUCAUAUUACAACAGAAAAUUAAAAAACUCGAAAACGGGCUGGAGCUGCUGCAGCGCUGGCAGCGCGCGGCCGAGGCGGCGCGCGACUGGCUGCAGCGCCUGGACGCCUGGCUGCAGCAGCAGGACGUGCCGCUGGCGCAGCAGGACGCGCUGGAGCUGCUGCUUCAGCGCAGCAACCAAUUCGAGGAAGAGAAACAGACGUACAAGGCUGAAAUAGACAUAGUAGAAAGCACCAAAGAAUCGAUUCUCGAGGAUUGCGACGACGCCAUCGCUAAGAUGGUACAGAACGAAACGAAGAGUCUAGUGAAACGAUACGAGAGCGUCACGGAGAAGGCGUUCCGACUGAACGAGGAGCUGCGGAGGGGACUGGAGCGCACCGAGGCGGUAUUCCGCAAGAUAGCGGACAUGGAGGUCUGGCUGCAGGACCUGGAGGCUCAGCUGCCGGCCGAGCACGAGUGCCGCAUCACCGACUCCGCCGAGCUCUACCAGAUGAAGGCGCGCUUCCAGGCGCUCAAGGACAAGUGCGACGACCACACGCAGCAGUUCCGCAACCUCAACGACUGCAGCGGCGACAUGCUGGUGUCGGCGGGCGCGGCCGGCGCCGAGCUGGCGCGCCGCGUCACCAGGCUCAACGCGCGCUGGACGCACGUCACGCACGGCGUGUACGAGCGCUACAAGGUGCUGGCGGAGGCGUGGCACGAGAGCGGCGAGCUGCGCGCGUGGCUGACGCAGGAGCGCGCGUGGCUGGACGGUAGUAGUGUAGUAGUAGUGUACGAGCGCUACAAGUCAGUACCUGCAGUAGUCAGUGUCGCAGGGUGCUGGCGGAGGCGUGGCACGAGAGCGGCGAGCUGCGCGCGUGGCUGACGCAGGAGCGCGCGUGGCUGGACGGUAGUAGUGUAGUAGUAGUGUACGAGCGCUACAAGUCAGUACCUGCAGUAGUCAGUGUCGCAGGGUGCUGGCGGAGGCGUGGCACGAGAGCGGCGAGCUGCGCGCGUGGCUGACGCAGGAGCGCGCGUGGCUGGACGGUAGUAGUGUAGUAGUAGUGUACGAGCGCUACAAGUCAGUACCUGCAGUAGUCAGUGUCGCAGGGUGCUGGCGGAGGCGUGGCACGAGAGCGGCGAGCUGCGCGCGUGGCUGACGCAGGAGCGCGCGUGGCUGGACGGUAGUAGUGUAGUAGUAGUGUACGAGCGCUACAAGUCAGUACCUGCAGUAGUCAGUGUCGCAGGGUGCUGGCGGAGGCGUGGCACGAGAGCGGCGAGCUGCGCGCGUGGCUGACGCAGGAGCGCGCGUGGCUGGACGGUAGUAGUGUAGUAGUAGUGUACGAGCGCUACAAGUCAGUACCUGCAGUAGUCAGUGUCGCAGGGUGCUGGCGGAGGCGUGGCACGAGAGCGGCGAGCUGCGCGCGUGGCUGACGCAGGAGCGCGCGUGGCUGGACGGUAGUAGUGUAGUAGUAGUGUACGAGCGCUACAAGUCAGUACCUGCAGUAGUCAGUGUCGCAGGGUGCUGGCGGAGGCGUGGCACGAGAGCGGCGAGCUGCGCGCGUGGCUGACGCAGGAGCGCGCGUGGCUGGACGGUAGUAGUGUAGUAGUAGUGUACGAGCGCUACAAGUCAGUACCUGCAGUAGUCAGUGUCGCAGGGUGCUGGCGGAGGCGUGGCACGAGAGCGGCGAGCUGCGCGCGUGGCUGACGCAGGAGCGCGCGUGGCUGGACGGUAGUAGUGUAGUAGUAGUGUACGAGCGCUACAAGUCAGUACCUGCAGUAGUCAGUGUCGCAGGGUGCUGGCGGAGGCGUGGCACGAGAGCGGCGAGCUGCGCGCGUGGCUGACGCAGGAGCGCGCGUGGCUGGACGGUAGUAGUGUAGUAGUAGUGUACGAGCGCUACAAGUCAGUACCUGCAGUAGUCAGUGUCGCAGGGUGCUGGCGGAGGCGUGGCACGAGAGCGGCGAGCUGCGCGCGUGGCUGACGCAGGAGCGCGCGUGGCUGGACGGUAGUAGUGUAGUAGUAGUGUACGAGCGCUACAAGUCAGUACCUGCAGUAGUCAGUGUCGCAGGGUGCUGGCGGAGGCGUGGCACGAGAGCGGCGAGCUGCGCGCGUGGCUGACGCAGGAGCGCGCGUGGCUGGACGGUAGUAGUGUAGUAGUAGUGUACGAGCGCUACAAGUCAGUACCUGCAGUAGUCAGUGUCGCAGGGUGCUGGCGGAGGCGUGGCACGAGAGCGGCGAGCUGCGCGCGUGGCUGACGCAGGAGCGCGCGUGGCUGGACGGUAGUAGUGUAGUAGUAGUGUACGAGCGCUACAAGUCAGUACCUGCAGUAGUCAGUGUCGCAGGGUGCUGGCGGAGGCGUGGCACGAGAGCGGCGAGCUGCGCGCGUGGCUGACGCAGGAGCGCGCGUGGCUGGACGGUAGUAGUGUAGUAGUAGUGUACGAGCGCUACAAGUCAGUACCUGCAGUAGUCAGUGUCGCAGGGUGCUGGCGGAGGCGUGGCACGAGAGCGGCGAGCUGCGCGCGUGGCUGACGCAGGAGCGCGCGUGGCUGGACGGUAGUAGUGUAGUAGUAGUGUACGAGCGCUACAAGUCAGUACCUGCAGUAGUCAGUGUCGCAGGGUGCUG